CUGACCUCCACAGCGCCGCCGCAGCUCACUGGCUGAGCCCCCAGCAGGGGAGGAGUCUGCCGGCAGCCUGCGCUCAUAAAACGCGGCUGCUCCCCACCGUAGUGGAAAACAGGUCUGCAGGAGAAAGUCUCUGUGGUCGCGUGCAGCCUUUUACAGGAACGGACAACCCUCUCGUGCCUCGUGCAUCUCACACUCUUGACAAUUUUCCAAGAUGACCUGGACGGCGAACAGUUGUGUAGUGACUCUGGUCAUCCUGUUUCUGUGGCGAGUGGAAGAAAUAGCCGAAGCCUGCAGCUGCUCCCCAGCGCAUCCUCAGCAGGCGUUUUGCAACUCCGACGUCGUUAUCAGGGCAAAGGUAGUUGGAAAGCAGGAGGUUGACGUCGGCAAUGACAUCUACGGGAACCUCAAGCGCUUCAAGUAUGACGUCAAACAAAUCAAGUCGUUCAAAGGUCCCGCCCAGGAUAUUGAUGCCAUCUACACAGCUCCCACCUCUGCAGUGUGUGGCGUGUCUCUGGAACAUAAUGGCAAGGAGUAUCUUAUCACAGGCAAGCUGGAGACUGAUGGGAAGAUGCACAUCAUGUGUGACUUCCUUGAGCCCUGGGAGACCCUGAGCGCCACGCAGAAGAAGAGCCUGACUCAGCGCUAUGAAAUGGGCUGUGAAUGCAAGAUCACCCGCUGCACCUCCAUCCCCUGCAUGAUCAGCAGCCCGGCGGAGUGCCUGUGGACGGACUGGGUGAUUGAGAAGACGGUCAAUGGCGGGCAGGCCAAACACUUUGCUUGCAUCAAGAGGAGUGAUGACUCUUGUGCCUGGUACAGAGGGGCAGCACUGCCUAAAAAGGAUUUCCUGGACAUCGAAGAUCCUUAACUCCACUACUGUCAAAUAGUCUAAAGAUGUCUAAGAUACAAAUACCAAAAACAAAAAUAAAUACAUUUGAUUUUUUUUUUUUUUUGUUAAGACCGCCAUAGGGCAAGUGCUCUGUGGUGAGGUUGUUUUUAUUUACAGGCCUCAUUAUUUUUUUAAUCAACAGUCUUACGAACGCAGCACUUUCAGACACUUAAAUCCUAAAUCCAAAGCACUUCCUCAUAAACCACUUCUCCGUCAGCUGAAAUAAGGGGAUACUCAUCACAAUUGAGUAUUACUGUUCGUGAGCUACACUACUUUUUUUUUAAAGGGAACUAUAAUUCUAUAAUGCAUCACGUGCAUACUAUAACUCAAAGUGUAACAAUUCUGUGAAUCGGUUUGUUCAUAAAUAACAUUAAAUGGCAAUUGGCACCCCGAUUUGUGACAGCAGAGCUAUCACAAGGAACGACCACCUCUUGCCUGUCCUGCUUCAGAUUACUUAUUGUUCCUCUUUAUCUGUGUUUUUUAUUUUAAAUUUAAAAAAAAAAGAUGUGACGAACCUGUUUUGACUAGGCGCAAUCAGUGCUUAUGCUAAUGUUGUCUUUUAAAUAAUCCUGAAUAGACAUAAAUGCACUUUUGAACACAAUUGUCACAGCAGUCAUAUUGUCUCUAAUGAAAAAAUUCUGAGAAGGAGGAUUGAAUUCUCCAUUUUGUAUUUUUUUUUAAAUAUUACAGCUCUUUUUUCUUUUGUAAUGCUUUAGCGUAAGAACCUAUUUUAUUUAAGGAGGUUAUAUGAUUCAUCAUAUUCUAUUGAGAGAGAGAAGAAAAAAAGCCCACAUCGUGAUACUUUUUGUGACAUCAUUGGUAUUGUAUAAAGAGAAGCUCGAGUAUUUUAACAAUAAGCAAAAUACACAUUUUAUGUGCAUUCUAGGUCAAAUUGAUGGUACCUGCCUGACUGCUCGUCCUUUAGGACAGCUGGUUAAAGAUAUCACAACCAAUCAUCCAUUUAAUUGCAGAUCUUAAAAGUGUUGCGGAGAUGCCAUGUGACUUUGAUAAUUAAUACAAGUGUAAAAAGGUUCUUAAUUUGAAACUGUAGUCAAGUAUGAUGUCUUGUGCUGGUUUCACAUGAGACAUUUAAGAUGAUUUUUUUUGCAUGCAUGUCCAGCUGAAACAAUACUGUACAUUUUGACUUACAAUAAAUGUCAAACCCUGAUUGA